AUGGGUCCCUGUACGGCCUCCCAUUGCUGCUGUCUCCAUCGCCACACUCUGCCAUGUGCCACUUUCAGGUCUCCUCACACUCCUGCUGGUUUCCAUUUUGUCAUAGGUUGCUGUAUGGCCUCCCAUUGCUGCUGCCUCCACCGCCACACUGUGGCUCCAAACACUGGUUUUGGCCCCGUGACUGGCCAAAUGAGUGAAGUGUGCGGUGAUUCUAAGAUCGACGGCACUCAUUCUGCAUGUCAUACUGAGUGACAGUAUUAUUUCUCUUCCCCAGCAGACUCCAACGGGCAUUUAAAUUAAAGGUUACAGUGUUCUGCACUAAUAUUA